AUGCGUACAAAUAAUCGUUGGACUGUCUCUCGGGAUACCCUAUUUCUCGGCACUUUGGGCAUGGGACUGAUCGCUUGGCUCGUCCGGCGUCAGCUAAGUGGUAAAAAAGGCGAUUCACACCUUGAGCGAAAGACACAUUCCUCGUCAGCCAAUCCAUCGGAACAUGGCCACCUCACACAACCGGCGAAACGUGAGCGCAACUUUGUCAAAGUGAUGCAGGAAAAAGGACGCCGCGUCAUUUUUUUCUACGGAUCUCAAACAGGAACAGCAGAAGAUUAUGCCGCUCGACUUGCCAAAGAAUGUACCAAGCGGUACGGCGUCAGUGCCAUGACCGCCGACAUUGAGCUCUACGACUUGAGUUAUCUGGAUACGGUUCCUGAAGACUGUCUGGUGUUCUUCGUCAUGGCCACUUACGGAGAAGGCGAGCCUACAGAUAAUGCAGUCGAUUUUUGGGAUCUCAUUAUGGAAGAAGCUGUCGAAUUUUCUACCGGCAAAGAAGAAGCUCCUCUAAAAAAUCUGCAUUAUCUUGUUUUCGGAUUAGGCAAUAAGACUUAUGAGCAUUAUAAUUCGGUGUCUCGUACGGUCGAUAGACGGCUAACCGAACUUGGGGCCACCAGGAUAUCGGAGCGUGGUGAAGGCGAUGACGACGGGUCCCUCGAAGACGACUUUUUAGCAUGGCAAGAAAAGAUGUGGCCAGCCUUCUGUGAUGCUUUAGGCGUGGAAGAAGGUGAAACUUCAAUGGGUCCUCGACAGCUCGUCUAUGCUGUAGAAGAAUUGACAUCAUAUGAUAUGGAUUUGGUUUAUCUCGGUGAAAUCAGCGAACAGUUGCAAAACGGAGCAAAAUUGAUUUACGAUGCAAAGCGGCCCUACCUGGCUCCCAUUUCUACAUAUGAACUUUUCCAGCAGACGAACGACCGCCACUGCUUGCAUGUGAACAUUGACAUCUCGGGGACAAAUUUGAGCUACCAGACCGGCGAUCACGUUGCCAUUUGGCCAACGAACAAUGAUACAGAGGUCCAUCGACUUGCUUCUAUUCUUGGUCUCAUGGACAAGCUCGAUACCGUGGUCAUGGUGAAAGCAGCUGAUUCCGCGUCUUCCAAGCCAUACCCUUUCCCAGUACCUUCUACUUAUCGUGCUAUAUUUCGCCAUUAUCUUGACAUAUGUGCCUGUCCCUCAAGACAGACCUUGGUGUCGCUUGUGGAAUUCGGAACAGAUGACCAAUGCAAAUCUUUUCUUCGGAAACUGGCCACGGAUAAAGAUGAGUAUCGAAAAAUGGUCGGUGAUCCUGUACGUAACCUAGGUGAAGUUCUCGAAUUGGUGGCGGCGACCGCUGACAUCGACAGGAAGGAUCGAUCUGGUUUUUUCGCCUCGAUACCUUUUGACGUGAUUGUGGAAAAUAUGUCACGGUUGCAGCCUCGAUACUAUUCCAUUAGCUCAUCGUCCAAAGAAAGUCCCCACGUCAUUUCUGCCACUGCUGUCACUCUGGAAUACACUCCUGACAGCACCGCUGGUCGCGUUGUCUACGGUGUCAAUACCAACUAUUUGUGGCGUGUUCAUUGUACAGCCAAUGGUGUGGAUGAUGGCCGCGUGUAUCCUGUGUACGACCUUGACGGUCCACGCCAGACACUGUGGGACGGUAAAGUAGCCAAACUGCCUAUUCACGUGCGACGAUCCCAAUUCAAAUUGCCGCGCAACCCCACCUAUCCAGUUAUCAUGAUCGGACCUGGGACAGGUGUAGCCCCAUUCCGUGGGUUUGUUCGCGAACGUGCCCUUCAGAAAAGGGAAGGCAAAGAGGUUGGCCCUACUUUACUGUUCUAUGGAUGCCGUCAUUCCCAGGAAGAUUUUCUAUACGCAGAUGAGUGGCCCGGUUUAUUUAACACGUUAGGCGAGAAUUCACAUCUUAUCACCGCGUUUUCGAGAGAUUCGUCGGAAAAGGUUUACGUCCAACAUCGAUUGCAAGAACAUGGGGAAGAGGUAUGGGCCUUGUUACAGCAAAAUGCGUAUAUCUACGUUUGCGGUGAUGCAAAGAAUAUGGCUCGCGAUGUCAACCAAACAUUUGUGCAUCUUGCUCAACAAUAUGGAGAACAGAUGGAGCAACAGGCUCACGAGUUUGUAAAAAAUCUCAGAACUAUCGGCCGAUAUCAGGAGGAUGUCUGGAGCUGA